UUGUUAUCUACUUGAGCAUUUUCAGGAGACGAGCAGAGCAAAAAUGGAGGGAACCUCGCUACUAACGCUCCUCCAUUCUCCUUCAUCUUGUCAUUGUUUAUCAAAAACUCAAUUUACGGCGUGUAUUCACCAGCCAUUUCUACCUCUCUACUCUUCUUGCUCUCUGAAAUACCGGUUGGUGAGUCUGGUUCCCAAUUUGAGGAGAAAGAAUCACAAGCUGUUCCCUCCUAGAAACUCUCUUCGGACUCCCGAGUUUUCGGUUGGAGAAACAAUAGAGAAGUCGAGGGAAGCGAUGAGCGUUAUGCCCAAGAUCGAUAGGAAUGGAAGGUUUUGCAGCCCCAGAGCCGCCAGAGAGCUCGCUCUAUUAAUAGUUUACGCAGCAUGUUUAGAAGGGUCUGACCCAAUUCGGCUUUUUGAGAAGCGAAUGAAUGCAAGACGAGAACCUGGUUAUGAAUUUGACAAGGCAUCAUUGCUGGAAUACAAUCACAUGAGCUUUGGAGGACCCCCGGUCACUGCAGAAACAAUUGAAGAAGCAGACGAGCUCCUCCAGAAUGAUGAGAAAGAGUCAGCAAUUGAGGCAGAAGUCCUUUCAGCUCCUCCAAAGCUGGUAUACAGCAAACUUCUUCUGCGGUUCACAAGGAAACUUUUGGUUGCAGUUGUGGAUAAGUGGGAUGGUCAAGUUCUUGUUAUUGACAAAGUCGCACCAUCAAAUUGGAAGAAUGAGCCAGCGGGUAGAAUACUGGAGUUCUGUAUCCUGCAUUUGGCUAUGUCUGAGAUAUCGGUACUUGGAACUCGACACCAAAUUGUCAUAAAUGAGGCUGUUGAUCUCGCAAAACGGUUCUGUGAUGGGGGAGCGCCGCGUGUAAUCAAUGGAUGUCUUAGCACCUUUGUGAAGGACUUCACAGGAUCUGGUACGGCUCGUGCUUCAAAUGCCAAAGAAAAAGUGUCAGUAUGAGCUCUUCUGAGGAAAUUAUUCGGGCCCAUCAUUUAAUGCAGCCACUGGAAGUUCGUCAAGCAAAAUGGACAAAACAAAAACAUCUUUCAAACAUCAACUGGUUCGGAAAGAAGCUUCUUUUAAAAGAGUUUUCUCACGAUGGAGUGUCUCCGCGGAGAUCGAAGAACUAGAACUUUCGAGGCAGUGCUUAUCCUUAAUACUUGAAACCAAAUGGAUGAAUUGGACCAAGUUUGAUGAUUGUUGGAGUUUUUUUCCUGGGGAAGCAGAAUCUUGUAUACGGGUUUGCGCAAGUGAUGUUGAUAAUAUAAGGUAAAUCAACAUUUGUAGACUGCAAUUGUAUUAAAAGAAUUUUAAUCUAUAAGGUAGAACAUGAUAUGUAAGAUCUUCAAAACAACAACAUUCUGUUUUGAGAGAUUUUCUAUUUGAAUCCACCUGAGUUUGUAACA